AUGGACCCCAGAGGCUCGGGAGAUGGUCUGCCGGUGACAUUGGUGUCGGAGAAGGGACUGAAGCCAAUGACUGAUCUCAAGCGAUCUCUGGAAGACAAAAGUAGGGCCCCUCCGGCACAUACCCUGGUCAAAGCGUUUCAGCUCUUCUUUCAGACAAGAGUGGAAUCGCCCGGAUUCAUCAAUCUAUUUCAAGCACGCCUGCUAUCGAUGACAUGGAAACAUCUGAAGGCACAACAGGAAGAGCUGGACGACCGGGAUUGGCAAGAUGUUUUCUCGGUAGAUAGUCUGGAGCGAAUGCUGUUCGUGCUUUCCGAGGCCCAAUGUCUUCCUGAAUCGCGCGACACUAUCUUGAAGAUUGCUCGCUUCGCCUAUCUGGAACUUUGUGCCGAUCAUGGCUUCGGUCCCAAUUCCAUUAGCCGGCAGGCGCUGCUGGUCUACAUUAGCCUCUUGUCGAUGAACGGCAACCCGGAAGAGGCCCGACAGGUCAUCAUCAACUUCGGAGGCCAAUUGAGAGGAGCCAAGCCUUCUCCGUGGCUCACCGUCCUGAAGGGGUUUGCCUUGAAGGAUGACCGGCGCCAGCUACGAAAGAUCACACAGGAACUUGAGAAAUAUGGUAUCAAGUUCGAUCAGGCUUCCCAUGAGGAGCUUGUUGAUAUUCUUAUUGCACAAGAUUUGUUCAAGGCAGUGCAGACUGUCUACGAAUGUCCCAUUUCGGAGAACUCUGAACCCUCUAUUACAACCAAAAAGGCUGUUAUUAAAUAUGCGAUUCUGAAUGAUGAAAUUGCUUGGGCAAAGCCAGUCUUUCAGUCUCUCUCCGAGUAUAUCAGUCCCGAUACUGCAGGCAUUUCUCUCCUUUGGGAGGCGGCGCAAGGCAACGAAGCCUCUACUCUGGCCGAAACGGUUAAGUUAUGGACGACCACAAACCCGCAACUCAAAGGAGCCUUGGCCAUCGCGGAUAUCAAUAGCCUUCUUCAGUAUGCCAAUGCUCAGCAGAAUCUUCAACUAGCCAACGACUUUGCCAAGUUGGCCGACCAGUGGGGUCUCGUCCCAGACGAGAAGACCCAUCUGUUGCUGUUGGAGUCCUGUAUCCAGGAUAGCCAGGUGGAGAGAGCUCUUGAGAUCCUAGAGCAAGUCGAUCCUACUUCCUUGUCCAGCGAAAAUCGGGGUCUUGCCAACAGGCUCAUUACUAUGUUUUGCCUGUCCGAGAAAAAAGACGUCCUAUUCCAACGAAUUUCGUCUCUCCUUGAUCCGCUUUUCCAAAAUAACGUGCAGCUUGCCCCAGAGACUGUUGCUGCAUUGGCACGUAUGCUCCUCUAUCGACUUGACUUCGAGGCAGUCUCCGAGCUGCUUCGCCCACGACUAGCAACUUACGACAGUGAAGGCAAGAGCCUGAUCCGGGCGGCUGUCACUGACUACAUCUUAGACCAGAGCCAAAAAGAUGAUGAGGUGUGGGCAGUUUAUGAAUUAUUCAAACUUGCAUUCCCGGAGACGGGCGUCAGUGUGCGAACCGAACUCAUGUGCGCAUUCUUCGAGCGGAAGCGCAGCGAUCUUGCUGUUCUUGUAUUUGGACAUAUGCGCCAGGCCGAAGAUUUGUCUCGGAGGCCCAAGCCUGACACCUAUGCCCGUUGUUUCCAGGGCCUGGCUCGGACCGCCGACACGAGUAAUCUGGAGUUGGUGCACAACAUGUUGAAGCUUGACCUGGAGGUCGAUCUCAACACUCGGAUUCUCAACGGACUGAUGCUAGCGUAUGCCGCCUGCGAUAGGCCAGAGAAGAGCAUGGAGAUUUUCCGCCAGAUCCUGCAGUCCGAUGAAGGGCCAUCGCACAAGACCAUUGCGCUAUUCUUCAAAGUGUGUGAGAAGCACCACAAUGGCGCGCAGGAGGCCAUGAAGAUGAUGAAGAAGGUCAAAAAGCUUGAGAUCGAGCUUGACCGUCGCCUGUACAGCGCGUACAUGGAGGCUCUGGCGGCACAGUGUGAAUUUGAUCUCGCAACCGAGGCCAUCGAUAAUAUGCAAGCGGAGAUUGGAGUCUCUCCGACGAGUGCGACGAUCGGAUUGUUCUACAACGCUAUUCCUUACCAGUACUGGAAGGACCAGGUGGAAGAGUGGGCGCGAGCAAAAUACCCUGAUCUAUGGAUGCACUUGGAAAAGACCGAGCGCAGCGAGCACGAAGAAGGACAGAAGUUCAACGGCAUCUCAAAUGAGGUGUGGGUCUAA